GACCUCGCGCGGUUGGCCGCUGGGUGGCAGCAGUAGAGCAUGUUCUCCUAAAGACAUCAUCAUCAGAAGAAGAAGACGGCGUUUACGUCUGUUUUAUUUUCUCCGUCGCGUCUUUUUUUAUUUUUCUGGCUCCACUCUCGCAGUCUCGUGGUCAUGAGCGGCUGCUGCAGGAUCUCUCAGAUUUCUCUUCUUUAGCAGAGAUUGAGUUAAAGAUGAACAACCCAGUCUACUUUACCAGAGCCAAAGAAGAGGAGAAGCGCUGGAUAGAGAGAAAGAGAGAAGACAGACAGACAAUUACCGGACAGGAGGCCAGAGACUUCUACCAAAACCUGCUGCGAGAGACCGACGGGGGGAAGCCAAGAGAAGGAGAAGCAGCAGCGAGAAGAGCGAGACGAGGAGCAGGAGCCAAACGCAGAAGAAGAGAAGCUGCUCGUGCCGAAGCGGUCAGCAGCUCCGAGCGAGACGGACACAGACUCCUGCGAUGCGCUCAGGAGGGAGACACUCAGGCCCUGAAGGAGCUCCUGCGCCGAGGCUGUGACGUCAACUUCCGCGAUGAUUUCUUCUGGACGGCGGUGAUGUGUGCGAGUAAAGCAGGACAGACGGAGGCCGUUCGCUUGCUGCUGCGUCACGGAGCUGCUUGGGUGGGAGUGGUGGACAGACAGGGCAGAGAUGCUCGGGAUCUGGCCCUGCAGGCUGGGCACCAGGAUGUAGUGAGAGAACUGGAGCAGUUUGUGAUCUCUGACACGCCAAACACACCUACUGCAAACCAUGCGGAGAGUGCUGCUUCUCAGUGGUGUGAUGUGUGUGCCGUGCGUUACACAGACAGCACUGAAACACACUCCAGGUCCACGCUGCAUCAGUUCAGUAAGCUCCGCCCCCCGGCCACGCCUCAAUACUGCCUGCCCUCCUCCAGCACCAGCUAUAAAAUGAUGCUCCGCUUGGGCUGGAACCCCUCCUCUGGUCUGGGCCCCGCCCACUCGGGCCGCACAAACCCCGUCAGCACGAUACUAAAGAGAGAUCAGGCGGGCCUGGGAUACGGAGAGACCCCGCAGCCCAAAGUCACACACUUCCAGCCCAGAGAUCCUCAAGCAGUGCAACACAUCCAUAAAGAGAAAAGGCUGAGGCAGGAGAAAGGAGCGACGCUCAGCGCUAAAGAGCUUAAGAGGAAAGAAGAGCGAGACCAGAGAUGGGAACGAGACUACCGUACCUCAUUUAACUUUGACUUCUGAUCUGAUCGGCUUUUGUGAAGAAUUUCAGAGGCUUUUCAUUUUUCAGUCCAAUUCAUUUGAAAUGCGUUGCUUUCAUUAAAGACUGCUGGAACAGUAUGAAAUACUGUACAAAAUACUACAUUUUAUAUAGAAGACAAAACAACAGGAACUGGAUGAAACAUUAAAAAAAAAAAGCUGUCAGUGGGUUGUGAUUAUAUAAUUAGAUUAGAAAACAUGAUUAAACUCUUUGGUUUUUUGUU